AUGUUACUUACAAUCAAAUAUUAGAAUAGAGUGAAAUAAUUGAAUUUGGAUAGAAGAAUAAAUGUUUAGUCUUUAUAAAUAUUAUUAGGACAAUUAUUUAACAUUAAGAAUAAAAUUAUUGGAUUAAUUGAUUUAGAUGGUAAAUCUUAAAUAAAUAAAGCGUAGGCAAUUAUUUUGAUUUAACAUAAUUUGUCUAAUAAUUGAAUUAAACUAGAUGCAACAAUUACACUUUAGUAUGUGAAGAUGGAUAAAAUAUGAUAGAUAAUAAGAUAUAACAUACAUCUUUUAAAUAUAGUACAAUUUCAGAUUACAAUAAUAAACUUCAUUUUAUAGACUUUAUAUAUGAUAUACAAGAGUUUUAAAAUAUAUUGGGAGAUGAUUAAUAUACAUGCAUUUAUAUGAUUGAUGAAAAAGAUAUAUCAUCAUUUGAUUUUCUAAUUUCUUUAGAGCCUUUAAUAAACAACCUAAAUAGUUGGAUCAAUUUCUAUUAUUGUUUUAAUAAUAGAUUAAAUGAUUAGAAUAGAGAAUAUGAUAUUCAAAGCAAAACUUUAUGGGUGUAUAAAGGAUCAAAGAGAAUUGUAUCAAUUCUAUUGAAUAAUGACAAGAAAAUGAAAUAAAUGGAUGAAUUACUACAAAAACUAGUUUAAACUAAAAUCUAAGGACCUAGUGUAAAGAAUUCUAAUAUUAGAAAUUAAUCUUAAUUAUCUUCAUAAUAAUCUCCAGAAAAGAGAAGAAGUAAAUCAAUAAGAAAAUUGGUUGAAGAAUCUUAAAUUCAAAGUAAUUAGGGUUCCUAUAAUUAAAAAUUGAUUGGUUCUAGAUAUAUAACUAGAGUCUAAGCAUAAGUAAUUUAACGUGAAGCAUCUAGAGGUAGUGACAUUCCUGAAGAUUAAGUGUCAUAUAAUCUAUCAAAUCCUAAUGAAUCUAUAAUAAAUCAAUAAGAUUUAUUAUUUAGGAUUGUUGCUGAAUUAGAAGAUAAAGAAUUAGUAGAUUUGACUAUGGCUAGAUUAGUAAAAAGACUUUUGAUUGAAGAAAAUAAAGAGAUUAUUGGUGUUUUAUUAUAGUAUUCUCAAAGAACAAUAGAUAUUUAAGGAUUAUGUGAGAAAUUGAAUAAUAUUAUUGAAAAUUCAACAAAUCAAUAAAGACCUACUUCACCUUUUUAAAAUUUAAAGUAGACUAAAUAACCUAUAAUUAAUAAUAAUUAGGAAUCAAUGGAUGAUAUUAAAAAUCUGAUUAUUGAAAGAAAUAAUUAUGAAUUUACUUCUGAAUAAUAUGGUAUUAUAAAUCAUUUAUGGAAUGAAAAAGAUUAAGUAAUUAUUAGAUUAUGUACAGAUAUAUAUAAUAAAGAAAUUAAAAAAUAAUAAGUUUCUUUAAAACCUUUACAACUUUAUGCAGAUACUAAAUUUUAUGAAUUACUUAAUUAAAAUUUCAAAAAGUCAGAAAUAACUAUUAUUUAAGAAUAUAAAAAUUCAAAAUCAGGAUCUAUUUAUGCUACUUUAUAACAUUUUAGAUAUGAGACAAAUAUAAAUUAUUUUAUUAAUGAUUUAAAAAAAGCUUUAUAAUAAAUUCAUAAUUAAAAUCAACAUUUAACAGAACCAGAGAAAUAAACAAAUUAAUUAUCAAAAGAAAUCAAUUUAUUUAAAUUUUAAUCACCUAAGGCUCCUUCUCCUUUUUGUGUAUUAAUGCCAAACUUUUAAAAUCUAGCUAAUGAAACACUUUCACCACCUCCUUAAUCAUAAUUAUAAUAAUAAUAAGAUGAAAAUAAUAAUAAAUAUUAAUCAUAUGGUAAAAUAUCAGAUGAAUUAAAAAGAGUUUAAUUAUUUUAAAACUUUCCAACUUAAAAAUAAGAAUAAUAAAAAUAAUAAGAAGAAAUUUAGAUAGAUUAAUAAAAUGAACUCAAAUAAGAAGUAUCAUCUUAAAAGAAAUAAUAAAAUUUAGCUGCAAAAGAUUUAAUAUUUAGUGAAGAGAAUUUUAUAUAAAGAAAAAAAGAAUAACGUAUAUUAUAUAAUAAUAAUAUUGAAAAAUUCUAUUCUAUUUAAAUUGAUAAAGAAAUUAAUUAAAAUUUUUAAGAUAUGAUAUCACAAAUGGAUUUAGAUGAAUCAAAAUUAAAAUAAGUUUAAUAAUUGUUUUAAGAUCAUAAUGAAUAACUUUAUGAAAUAAUUAAAGGGUUUUAAUCCUCUAGAAUUUUAAUGAAUACUAGAUCUAAAUUGAUGUAAAAGAAUCUUUAUUUUAAAUAGCAAAUUACUCUCUGAAAAAUAAAAUGAUGUUCAGGAUUAUAGAAAAACCAAGAUGUAUAAUUUAUUUAUGAAUUAAGUGAGAUAAUUUACAUUAUAAAAACAUUUAUAAGAAAAUGAAAAAGUUUAUCUAUUGAAAAUGUUUAAAGAAAAUGAUUUAUAAGUUUUGGGAACACUUGAAACAUAUUUAUAAAAUUAAGAUGCUUAAGAUAUGUUAGAAAAUUUAUAAAUGAUUAUUAAAUAAUAUAGUAAAUUCACUAAUGUAAUUUAAUUAAUAAUUUUAGAUUAAUUAAUUGGGAUCUGAUUUAUCUCCUUUGGAAUAGCCAUAAUUAAAUACACCUGUAUUAGGAGCUAAAGAGAUAUUAUCAUAAAUUAAAUAAUACUUUUCAGCUGAAGAGAAAAAUAGAUUAGAAACUAUUGCAAAUGGUUAAGGAGAAACUUAUAUUAUUGAACUUCAUUCUUAAUUUUUAUAAGAUUCAGAUUUAAAUGGAUUUAUAGCAUCAAUAUAAAAAUUAGCAUAAUAAGAUUCAUUCAAAAAAAUACAUUAAUCUAUUACUUUUGAAGAUCUAUUAAAGAAAUUAUAAAAAGAUGGUUUAUUAAAAAUUGAUGAUUAUAUGUUUGAAUUAUUAAGUAAGAAAAAAAAUGAAUAAAGAAUUAAAGGUGUUUUUGAAAUCUAUUUAUAUUCAAAGAAUGUUGAAGAUUUUGUAGAAAGUAUCAAAAGUAUAUUAAGAUUAUUACAGUAAUGUAAUAUUAUUUAUUAUAUAAUUAUUAGAAUUAAUAUAAGAACAAUUAGAAUAGUUUGAAAAAGAGAAUCUUUUAGACGAAAAUAAAUUAUUGAAAUUAAAAGAGAUUGCUCAUGAUUAUCAUAAAGAUUACUCUAAAUUAUUAGGAGCAUUCUCGUUGUAUUUUGAAUAAUCUUAAACAGAUCCAGAAGAAGCAAAAUAGGAAAUUUUAGAAACAUUAAAUAUAUUUGCUGAAUGA